GGUUUUGUGCCAUGUCCAUGUGACACCAGAGGUGACAAUGCUCUGUGCCAUGUGACACCAGGGGUGACAGUGCCAUGUCCCCACUGCCCCCAUGCCGAGGUGCCACCCCACACACCCCGAUGUCCCCUUGGUGCCACCUUGCGGUCGCGGUGCCACCGGGGGCCGGCUGGGCUGUCCCUGAGCCGUGUCCCCGCUGUCCCCAGGCCCCCCCAGGACAUCAGCCUGGAGGAGUUCGAUGACGAGGACCUGUCCGAGAUCACGGACGACUGCGGCAUCGGCCUCAACUACGACUCUGACCACUACGAGAAGGACUGCCUGGUGCUGGAGCGCGGGGAGCAGCCGCACCCCGUCUGCACCUUCCAGGACGACUUCCAGGAGUUCGAGAUGAUCGACGACAACGACGACGAUGACGACGAGGAAGAGGAGGAGGAGGAAGGCAACGAGCUGGAGGCGCCGCCGUCCCCUUCGGCCUCGCCCAUCCCCUCGCCCGCGCUGGAGGAGACGCAGAAGCAUCGCCCCACCAGCCUCAACCUGACAGCCCCGGGCACACAGGUGGCCUUCGGGGACGGGCUGGUGGCCCCCGACGGGCGCAGCUCCUCCGAGGACUCGUCCCCCGAGGCCGACCUGCAGUUCUCCAAGAAGUUCCUCAAUGUCUUCGUCAACAGCACCUCGCGCUCCUCCAGUAAGUGGCGGCGUCGCGACGCGUCGCGACGCGUGGCGGCGUCACCCGGGCCGGGCCGUGUGAUGCUGGCGCGUCGCCUGCCCUCCGUGUCCUGCCCCAGCCGGUCCCCGUACCCUGUGGUGGUACGUCGCGGCAUGUCGCGAUAUGUCGUGGGAUGUCGCGAUAUGCCGUGGGAUUUCGCGAUAUGUCACGGCAUGUCGUGGAUGUCACGAUACGUCACGGCAUGUCACGCGAUAUGUCAUGGCACAUCGUGA